CUUUCCCCCCCCUUCCAGUCCAAACACUUUCCACCCCCUUCCAGUCCGGACACUUUCCCCCCCUUCCAGUCCGGACACUUUCACCCCCUUCCAGUCCGGACACUUUCACCCCCUUCCAGUCCAAACACUUUCCCCCCCUUCCAGUCCAAACACUUUCACCCCCCCCCUUCCAGUCCAAACACUUUCACCCCCUUCCAGUCCGGACACUUUCACCCCCUUCCAUUCCGGACACUUUCACCCCCCUUCCAGUCCGGACACUUUCCCCCCCUUUCCAGUCCGGACACUUCACCCCCUUCCAGUCUGGACACUUUCACCCCCCUUCCAGUCCGGACACUUUCCCCCCUUCCAGUCCGGACACUUUCACCCCCUUCCAGUCCGGACACUUUCCCCCCUUCCAGUCAU